GUCACUCGUGAAAGAUGAUGCUGACUGAAAUGUUUUACAGCUACUGACGUAAUUUGGCGUGGUGCGAUUACUGAGCGACAUGGAUGAGCGUUGCAACAUCGUGGCAGCGUUUUAGUACACCCCGCAAGACUUGAAGUCUGACUAACACGAAAUCAUGCACAUUGAUGUAAAUAUAACUGGAUUAUUUCAUUCGCAUCCUUGUUAGGAUAAUCUUAGUUCAUUGCCAAUGAAAACAUGGAGUACUGGGGCCAAUGUGAGGGACUUUUUGACAAAAAAAUACAACUAUCUUCCCCAAGAAAGUCUUGAAAAAUACACUAUUUAAAAAAAAAAAAAAAGUACUAUUAUUGAUUUUUUUCUUUUUGAGAAGAAUGUAACAUUUUUGUAACAUUAUUUUUGAAAGAAAUAACUAUUUUUUGAAUGUUCUAGGAAAAAUGUAAUUUUUUUCUCGGGGGGGGGGGGGAAACUUGCCUAUAAAAUUAGUUUUUUUUUUUUUUUUUUUUUUGGUGGUGGUAAUCAAAAAAGACUAUUACAGCUGCUGUUUGGAUAAAAUAUAAUCUAAUUCUCGUAAUGUAACAUUUUAGUUAAUAUCCAUCUAUCCAGCCAUCCAUUUUCUUCUGCUUUUCCGAGGUCGGGUCGUGGGGGCAGCAGCUUGAGAAGCGAAGCCCAGACUUCCAUCUCCUGAGCCACUUCGUCCAGCUCUUCCAGGGGGAUCCGGCGGCGUUCCCAGGCCAACCGAGAGCCGUAGUCUCUCCAGCGAGUCCUGGGUCGUUCCCUGGGGCCUCGUCCCUGUGGGACGUGCCCGGACUUUACAGCCGUAAAGGAGGCAUCCGAAGCAGAUGCCCGAGCCACCUCAUCUGGCUCCUCUUGAUGCGGAGGAGCAGCAGCUCGACUCUGAGCCCCUCCGGGAUGACCGAGAUUAUCACCCUAUCUCUACGAGAGAGCCCGGAUACCCUGCCGAGGAAACUAAUUUCGGUCGCUUAUAUCUAGGAUUUUGUUCCUUCGGUUAUGACCCACAGCUUGUGACCAUACGUGAGGGUAGGAAUGUAGAUCAACCGGUAAAUUGAGAGCUUUGCCUUUCGGCUCAGCUCCUUCUUCACCACGACAGACCGAUUCAGAGUCUGCAUCACUGCAGAGUCUGCACCGCUCCGCCUGUCGAUCUCCUGCUCCAUUCUUCACUCACUCGUGAAUAAGACCCCAAGCUGCUUGAACUCCUCCACUCACCGCAGGAUCUCCUCCCUUACCCAGAGAGGGCACUCCACCCUUUUUCGACUGAGGAACAUGGCCUCAGAUUUGGAGGUGCUACUUUUAAUCCCACCCGCUUCACACUCUGCUGCAAACCGUUCCAGCGAGAGUUUGAGAUCACGGCUUGAUGAAUCCAGCAGAACCACAUCAUCUGCAAAAAACAGCGACGUGAUACUGACGUCAUCAAACCAAACUCGCUCAACACCCCGGCUGCAUCUACAAAUUCUGUCCAUAAAGGUAAUGAACAGAAUUUGUGGGAGAGUGCAGCCUUGGCGGAGUCAAACGCUCACUGGAAACGAAUCCGACUACUGCGGGCAAUCCGGGCCAAACUCUUGACACCGGUCGUACAGGGACCGAACAGCCUGUAUCAGGGGGUCUGGUACCCCAUACUCCCAAUGCACCCUCUACAGGACUCCCCAAAUGAGACGAUCAAACGCCUUCUUCAAGUCCACAAAACACAGUUGGGGGAAAUGCCAUGUGCACUCGAGAACCCUGCAGAGGGUGUAGAGCUGGUCCACUGUUCCCCGCCCAGGAUGAAAACCACACAGCUCCUCCUGAAUCUGAGAUUCGACUUCCCAACAGAAGUCUCCAGAACCUCCGAAUAGACUUUACCGGGGAGGCUGAGGAGUGUGAUCCCCCUACAGUUGUAACACACCCAGGGGCACCACCACCCCGGUCUGCCAAUCCAAAGGCACUGUCCUCGAUGUCCAGAUGAUGUUGCAGAGGUGUGUCAACCAGGACAGCCCCACAACAUUCAGAGCCUUAAGGAACUCAGGGCAGAUCUCAUCCACCCCCUGGGCCUUGCCACCGUGGAGCUUUUUAACCACCUCGGUGACAUCAAUCCUAGAGAUAGAAGAACCCACCUCAGAGUCCCCAGACUCUGCUUCCUCAUGGGAAGGCGUGUUGGUAGAAUUGAGGAGGUCUUCGAAGUAUUUGUCCCAGCGGCCAUAAUGUCCUGAGUUGAGGUCGGCAGCGCACUGUCUCCACUAUACACAGUUUUGAUGUUGCACUGCUUCCCCCUCCUGAGAUGCCGGACUGCGGACCACAAUUUCCUCAAAGCCGUCCGGAAGUCAUGUUCCAUGGCCUCAUCGAACUCCUCACACAAAUGAGUUUUUGCCUCAGCGGCCACCAAAGCUCUGUUCCGCUUGGUCAGCUGGUACCCAUUAGCUGCCUCCUGACUCCCACAGGCUAAAAAUGCUCGAUAAGACGACACCUUCAGCUUGACAGCAUCCCUUACCGCUGGUGACCACCAACGGGUUUGGGGAUUGCCGCCACGACAGGCACCGCCAAUGCUCCGGUCGCCCGCCUCAACAAUGGAGGCACGGAACAUGGUCCACUCGGACUCUGGCCCCCGCCUCCCCAGGGACUAGGGCAAAUUUCUGUCGGCGGUGGAAAUUGAAGCUCCUUGUGAUAGGCGACUCUGCCAGACCUUCCCAACAGACCCUCACAAUACGUUUGCGUCUGCUAGGUCAGACCGGCAUCUUCCCCCGCUAUCGGGGCCAACUCACCAUCGGGUGCUGAUCAUUUGACAGCUGCGCCCCUCUCUUCGCCCGAGUGUCCAAGACAUGCAGGUUCAAAUCCGAUGACACGACCGCAAAGUCGAUCAUCGGACUGCGGCCUGGGACAUCCUAGUGCCAAUGUACACGUGUACACUUAUGUAGAGCCGGAGCCCAAACUGUGUGUGGAGGUGAGCCCGACUAUCUUGUCAGAAUUUCCUCCCAUGUUUCAGAAACAUGUAGGUUAGGUUGAUUGAAAACUCCAAAUUUUCAAUCGGUGUGACUAAAUGUUUUAUUUUUUUUUAGAGUUUGUCUAUGUGCCCUGUAAUUGGCCGGUGAUGAACCCCGCCCAAAGUCAGCUGGGACAGGCUCCAGCACACCUAGGAGGAUAAGUGCAAUAGAAGACGGAUGGAUAAAGAACUUUUAUUUUUUUUAAUCUUGAAAUUAUGCAACUGUUACUUGGGCUAAAAAAUUUACAUCUUGAAUGAAUGAAAUAUAAUUAUUUGAAAAAAAUACAACCUUGUUGACAGGUUAAGACUGUUUUCUUCAACAUAACCACAUUUUCUCUUUGAAAAAUGUGACUUUUUAAUCAAAACGUUAAAAAAAAAUUUAUUUAUUUUUUUCCCCCCCCUUCUUCCUUUUCGGUGUGGCCCUAAUACUCCUCCGUAAAAUAGCAACUUUCCUUUUUGGAAAAUAAUAAAAAGAUCACCCCUUUGAGUGCCAGAAUAAAUUUUUUAAAGCCUAAUAAUCCUCAAAAGAUUUUCUUUUGAAAUUGUCAUGUUUGUCAGAACUAUAUCCAUCCGUUGGAAUAGCAAUAGGAAGCCAGGCUGUGCUGGAAGAGUAAUUAUUGUCAACUGUUCUUUCAACAUUGAGUAUUCUCUCUGGCAAGAGAGUCUAUCUUUUGUUAGUCUUUACAAUCUUAGCUCACAUUGUGUUGCACUUCAGUUUUCUUUGAGGUUCUUGUCACCCUCCCACGAUCGUGCCAAAAUGGCGGUACUCAUUUGGAGGGCUAAUUAACGAGCUAAUUAACCUUUCCCCGACGCGUUCCAAUGGGGUCCGGCGGAGUUUGACAAUCGAAAUCCCUGUUGUCUGCGCUCGCUUUCAAAGCGCAAAACGAUGAAGCCAUUCGAGUACACAGUGGAGCUCCUUAGCCAUAUUUGGUACUGUUUAUAAAACCAACCCUUGGCAAGAAAAAGCUAUGAAUGUAAUUACGAGUAUUCAAUUAGUGUGUGAGCUUGUUUAUUUGUUAAUUUUCCCCUCGAUGGAGCUGAGGUUUUGUCAUUUUUCUGCGACGUAAUGUUGACACUUGCACUUAAAGCAACUCUCUUGUUUUCUUUCCGCUUGAUUCCAGUUUGCAUUGCAAGAGAUGUUUGCGCUCAGCUUUUUGGGUUGCCACGGUUACUAGCCUUUCGCAAAAUUAAGAAAUGGGGUUCUAUCGGAGUCCAAUGCAUCGUUACAGCUGCAAAGCCGGUCUGAAUGUGUUUGAUUUUAGAAAUGUUUGCGCAAGGGGUGAAGCCACCAUGAAUCAGCAUUGACUGAUGGAACUGUUAAUCGUGUGUGCGUGUCGGUGCGUGUUUCAUUCAGGAGCUGGCAUGUGAUUGUUUCUGUAACAAACUUGCACAGUGUUGACUUUUUGUAUCAAGACUUGACAAAGAUACAUUUCCUAAGCAGACAUUUGAAUGAAUUAUCUUCAUCUUUAGCUUGGAGAAGUCACUGAAUGACCUUUCCCCCCCCCCCACCCCGUCACCAUUUCUGGGUUUUUAUCCACUCUUGGCUUUUGUAAGCACGCAUUUUUCUCAGUCUAUUCUGUGCCGUAACAUGCAUUAAAAUUGAUAUAUGAAAGAAGCAUUGUGACACUUUAAAAUGAAUAUUCAUCUUAACGACUUGUGUGACGGUUGAUGCCACUUCACUUUUUAUACUUGGGCAACUUUGUCACUGUCAUGUUUCAGCACAAUGGUUAAAUUUGUUACUUCCUUUUUUCUUUUUCUUGCUCUACCUAUAUUAGGCUUCAAUAACAAAUACAGUAGUCAGGUCAACAACAAUGUUAGGAAAAAAAGUCAAUUUUACACAACGUUACACUGGAAUUUUAAGAGAAUAGCCGUAGUGUUACAAUAAAGUGGAAGAAAGUCGUAUUUUAUGUGAGCCGUAACUGCGUAAGAUGUAAUGUUUUAAGCAUGGAUUUUAAGAAUAAUGAUCAUUUUGAGACGCACAAAUGUUACAAAGUAAUUUUAUGAACAAAAGUAUAAUGCUGGAAUUAUGAGUCUAAAGCUGUUAUGUGAAAGAAGUUGUACUUUUACGAGGCUAAAGCUGUAAUGUUAAAAGGAAAAAAAGUGAAUUCUAUGUGAAACAAAGUUGUAAUUGUAUGUCAAUAUUUUAAGAGUAUGUAAAAAAAAAAAAAAAAAAAAAAAAAAAGUCAAUUUUACUUAUAUGAGCCAUUUCAAGCACAUCAGAAUUUUAUGACGUGUAAUUUUGAGAGACAAAUUGGAAUGUGAUAAAAAAUCCAUUGUAUGCGCAAAAGUCAACAAUAGAAAAUUAGAAUAAUCUGUCAUCAUUUGAUCAUGUUGGACUUCCAAGACAAUACAGCCAUAAUGUGUCAGAAGAUACAUACUUUUACGUGACUAAAGCUGUGAUGUUAGGAUUUUAAAAAAUAAAUAAAAUAACCAGAGUAAUGUAAUUUCGAGACCAAGUCCAAAUAAGAGAAUUAUCAGAAAGUUGUAAUAUUACAUACGUAACUGUGCGCAGUGGCGUCGCUAGGCUGGGGCUUCAGCCCCCCAUAAAAUGUUCUUCAGCCCCCACCCCCCAAAAAAAGGAUUUGGUUGUUUGUGGUUAGGCCAAUUUUGGGGGCCCCUGCAAAAAAAAAAUUCUCAAGCCCCCCAAAUGAUUUAAGUUUUUGUUCUUGUUUUUUUAUUUUUUAUUUUUAUUUUUUUAAAUCCUCAUAACUUUAUAACCGUUUUCUCGUACCCUUGCAUUUUUCUUCCUUUUCCACGUGGCCUUAUUACUUCUUUGUCCUACUCAGUCAGUUGAAUUAACAUCAUGUAAAUAGUGGAAAUGUAUCCUUUUAUAGGAGCCUAAUGAGUAUUGAAUGAGGUCAGUGCCGCUGUUGAGGCAGGAAGUUGAUGCGGUUGGCCAAGCAGACCAAGGAGGGGAAGCGGUUCGCUUUUCUUUUUCUUUCUUUUUUUUCUUCCUCCAGUUACUGUAUUCAUUAGACUGAAAUCCGCUGGAAAACGAAUGUGAAACCAAAGAGCAUCUCGUCAGUCAGGAAUCGGCUUCCGACGCCAGCGUGAGCCAACUCGACGAUGGCGGUUGGCUCGCGUUUGGAUCCCGGGACGGGCCAGAAGGCGGGUGAGGCCCGGGGAUCGUCCCGGCCGGUCCUCCUGCUCGCGCUGGCGGUCAUCACCUCGUCCUCUCUGUCGGCGCUGUCCUUGUACCAGCUGGUGGUUCUCAGAGAGGAGGUCGAGGGCCUGAAGUCUGAGGCGUGUCGCAGGAGGGACGAAAGGCAGGAGGCCGAACAUGGAGGGCAGAAUAUUAGUGACGGGAGAGGCAGCCAGACAGAUUCGCAACACACAUUCAGCCUGAUGAGGAGGAGGAGGACGGUCUCUGGACCAGACGCAUCAGUUUCGCAGUCUUGUCUCCAGUUGUUGGCGAACAAGAGCAGGAAAAUCUUCAGGAAAGAUUUUGCCCUGGAGCCGUACACGGGCAUCCCCUGGCAGACUGGCCUGAGGAGAGGGUCUGCCCUGGAGGCGGUCGGAGACAACAUACUGAUCCGAGAGGAGGGCUUCUACUUUGUCUACAGUCAGGUCUAUUACAUGGACAGCAGGUUUGCAAUGGGCCACGUUGUGAUCCGCAGGAAGAGGACGGUGGUGGGCGACGAGGCUCAGCACGUGAUCCUGUUCCGCUGCAUCCAGAGCAUGGACAGCGUGUACCCUUACAACACGUGUUACACAGGAGGUGUCGUGAAGCUGGAGGUCGGCGACCAGUUGGAGCUGCUGAUCCCCAGGUCCGCUGCCAACGUGUCCCUGGAUGGAGACGCCACGUUCGUGGGCGCCGUCAAGCUGGUUUAAAGCCCGUCGCCUCACGUGAGAGCAGAGGGAGCUGUAUCCUGGCGACUUUCGAUGCUGGAAGAGACAAUUUUGCACUCCAUAAAUGAGGGACUCCGACUAUUUCGCCGCAAACUACAAUGGUGGCUCGUCUCUGAAAUAUAUUAUGCAUCUGCAGCUGUAUUGCGCUUAUCAUUAUUUACCAUUAAAAGUCAGAAGUUUUUUCUCUA